CUUCCGCAUAUAAAACCGCCCGCGCGGUUCGCGAACGUUCCAUUGCCAUUGCCGUGUCCGCAUUCGCAAUCUUCCUGUUCGAUCGAUCAUAUACUCGCCGCGGAGGAGCUCCGAUCCGUCGUGUCGCCGCCGCCGCCGCCGCCGAAACGUCUUACCAGAUGUCUUACUCCAGAAGGUCCGAUUAUUCUUGCUCUCCUCCUGCUCGCCGGAGGUAUGGUAGGUCACUCUCUAGGUCGAGGUCGGUGUCAAGGAGCAGAUCAAGGAGUGCUUCAAGUGAUGUUGAGAACCCUGGCAACAAUUUGUAUGUAACGGGAUUGUCCCCCCGGAUUACAAAGAGGGAACUGGAAAAGCAUUUUGCGAGCGAGGGAAAGGUGGUGGAUGUGCAUCUCGUGGUUGACCCGUGGACAAGGGAAUCUCGUGGUUUUGGGUUCGUAACUAUGUCAACCGUUGAGGAGGCUGAGCGGUGCAUCAAGUAUUUAGAUCGAUCUGUGCUUGAAGGUCGUGUAAUUACUGUUGAAAAGGCUAGGAGGAGGAGGGGAAGAACUCCUACUCCCGGAAGGUAUCUGGGGUUGAAGACUGUUCGAGUGCGCCAGCGCACUACCAGUUACUCCCCCCGUCGGACUCCAAGCUAUUCUCCUUAUAGUAGGAGCAGGUCUCCUCGUUAUUCAUCUGACUGCAGCAGGGGCAGGUCCUACUCCCCUCACCACAGGAGGCGCGGAUCCUACUCUCCUUACUAUGAUCGGCGAAGGGCUUAUUCUCCUGAUUAUAGUCGACGAAGAUCAUACUCUAGAUCCCGUACCCCUGACAGCAGGUUGCCAGUGUAUCGGCGUGAUAGGUCCUACUCUCCAUAUGAUUCGAGGGACUACUCACCAGAUGAUCGCUAUCUCAGAAGGAGCCGUUAUCGAUCUAUUUCUAGAAGUGUUUCACCAGGAAGAGGAAGAAACUCUAGGAGCAGCUAUUCCCCGAGGCUGAGGAGGAGGAGAUACUCCCCUAGCGAAUCUCCAAAACCUAGGAGAAGGCCAAGGAAGAGUUACUCUCGUAGCACCUCAAGAAGCCCAAUGAGGAGUUCUAAGCGGAGCUACUCAUCCAGGCGCGGGUAUUCGAGGGAUAGCUAUUCUUCUGGGAGUGUGUCUCGGAGCCACAGUGUUGGUGCAAGUUCUAGAGCAGUAUCAAGGUCUAAUACGCCAAGUUCAUCAUCACCUUCAGCUUAACCAGUGUUUUUAUGGAGGGGGAUUUGUGAUUGCUUGUAAGUUGUCUGGGUUGUCAAUGCUUGGGCUAGUGCUGGGCAUUUCGAACCGGUAUAUGGUAGUUCCGGAUUUUGUGUAGCUCUCCUCGACGAGAGGCAAACUCUCUUCUUUGGUUGAUGUUUACUAUUAAUUCUGCUCCACUGAAUCCCCUGUUUCAAGGUCAUAUUUUUUGAAACUUUUUUACUGUUUACAUGAAUCCGAUGAAAGCAGCCAAGAAAAUAUUGUAUACAA